AUGCGUCACGAAUAUGUGUUGGGAGGCAAUUUAUUCUUCUUGAUCGCCUUUUCCAUCGUGCUCCCUUUCCAAAUCUACUUUGGUAUACGUUACAAAACUUGGGGCUUCCUCUUUGGCAUGUUCUGCGCCCUCGUACUGGAAAUAUUGGGCUACGCGUCACGAGUUGGGCUGCACUAUGGAAAAGAUCUCUUUCUCAUGUAUAUCGUCACUCUCACAAUAGGUCCCGCAUUCCUCAGCGCCGCUCUUUACCUAUGCCUGGCUCGCAUCAUCACCGUGUACGGAGCCCACCUAGCGCGUUUCCGGCCAAUGGUCUACACAACUGUCUUCAUGUUACUUGACUUCUUUGCCCUCUUGCUCCAAUCUGGAGGAGGCGCUCUUGUCGGCGGAGAUGAUCCGAGUAUGUGGGACAUGGGGCUAAAGAUUCUACAAGCCGGGCUUUCGAUUCACCUUAUUGGCAUCGUUAUAUAUGGGGCGCUGUGUCUUGAGUUUGGUGUGGCGGUUCGCCGAGCCAGGGGUGAAUGGAGUGGUGAUUUCAAGAUGCUCCAACUCUCAACCAAGUUCAAAAUGUUCUGCCUUGUUCUAGGUAUUUCAACUCUGGCAGUAUUGAUACGAACAGCUUUCCGGGUGGCAGAGCUAAGCCAAGGGUUCGACAGCAAGAUUGCCAAAAGCGAGACAGCAUUCCUGCUCCUUGAAGGGACCAUGAUCCUCUUGGCCUGCUUAUGCCUCACCGUUUAUCAUCCUGGCAUCGCUUUCCAAGGCCGUUGGGUGGAUGCAGAUUUCAGCAUGAAAAGAAGAAAGGACAAAAGCGAUAGCGAAGAGGACGUUGGAAGCAGGCAUAUAUCCUUACACUCGAUGUGA